UUAACACCCGCACGACAUGGUCACAAAUCAGUGAAUCACAAUAUAGAAUUCCGAAAAAACAAACAUAUAAUACUGACCCAUCACCCAAAUUGUUCCAAUAACAAUCACAGUUGAAGUAGUACCCAAAGUAAACAAUCUAGAUUCCAUAAGAAACUAAACCCCAUCUCAAUAUCAAGUGACCGAGUAAAAUGGCAGGUAAACGUGGUUCAAAUCAGUCAAAAACGAGUAAAUGGUUGGCUCAAAAUCCAAGCAAGAGAUGGGCGGAGUUGUUCUUCCUCCUGUAUACUCCUUUCUGGCUUACUCUCUGCCUCGGCAUUGUCGUCCCCUUCAAAUUAUACGAGAACUUCAAAGAGCUGGAGUACUUGCUAUUGGCUAUGAUUUCAGCUGUACCAUCAUUUGUUAUACCAAUGCUCUUUGUUGGGAAGGCUGAUAAAGACACUCCAUUGAAGGAUCGUUAUUGGGUGAAGGCUAGUAUCUGGAUUGUAAUCUUCAGUUACGUGGGUAAUUACUUUUGGACCCACUAUUUCUUCAAAGUCUUAGGAGCUUCGUAUACCUUCCCAUCAUGGAAGAUGAAUGAUGUCCCACACACAACUUUCCUGCUAACUCAUGUUUGUUUUUUAUUCUACCACGUUGCUUCAAACAUGACACUUCGUAGAUUGCGCUAUGCCCUUGCUGAUUUACCUGAGAAAAUUCGGUGGUUGAUGGAGGGUGCAUGGAUACUAGCGCUCUCGUAUUUUAUUGCUUACUUGGAGACUAUCGCAAUUGCAAACUUUCCGUAUUAUGAAUUUGUAGAUCGAGAUGCCAUGUACAAAGUUGGUUGCUUGUUUUAUGCAAUUUACUUCAUCGUAAGCUUCCCAAUGUUUUUGAGAAUUGAUGAGAAACCGAGCGACAAGUGGGACUUAGCAAGGGUUGCCGUUGAUGCUCUGGGUGCUGCAAUGCUUGUCACAGUUAUUCUAGAUUUAUGGCGCAUUUUCUUGGGACCAAUAGUUCCACUCCCUGAGAGCAAGCAGUGUGCUCAAGCUGGGAUGCCUUGGCUUUCAUAGCAUGUUACGUCAAUUUGAGGUAUUUCUUUUGGGGAGAACUUUAGUGUCAAACAAGCAGGAGAGAAUGGUUGUACCAGUAGGAUAUUUUCAGAUAUUAUUUUUUUUUAACCAAAAUUUGGCCAUUUUGUAAAAACAUUUUUAAUUAUAGUGAACAUUUUUCACUUUUA